UGUCAAUCGGCGCGGUCGUAUAUAUGGCUUAUCGACAGAUGCCGCCCGCGACGGCGUCUCUCUGAGUGUCCACGAUAUAUCGACACCCGGUCUGUCCCUAGCUCGCUGGAUCGCAAUGUCUUUAAGCUCAUAGCGCUGCCUCACCUCUAUACGCAGCUCCUCUCUCCCCACCUGCCUGUCCGCGGCCGCGCCCCAAUGCUGCGCACUUGACCCUUAUACGAGGCCAUCUUACACCCUCUCUGUGGGCUUCCCACCUUUACGGGGCGGCAAAAGGGUGCCUAGAUCCAUCGUCUCUGGCCUGCUCCGCCUGUUGGUGCCCUCUUAAAAACUACCAUCUCCCUUCCCCGCAACAUGCUGGCUCAAUCUCUCUCUCCUCACCACGACCUGUCUUCGAACAGAAUGAACGGCUCUCUGGUGGUCCCUCAACCACCACCGCCGCCGCCGCCACAACAACAGCAUCAAUCACCAAUGCGUGCGCAACAACUGCCGUCUGCCAAUCCUAAUCGACAAAGACGCCCCAAGCUGUCUUUGAAUACAUCUCAAGCCCGAACAUUUGGAAAAGGAUCCAGCCUUCGACUGGAAACGCUCUCCGCCGUGUCGCCAACAGCUAUCAAUACGUUCGCGAAUGCCUAUGACCCUGGACAGACUUCUUCAGCCCCCACAGGGAGACCGACGAGACCGAAAUUGUCCAUCGAUAGCUCCGUAUCAUCCACAGCAGGGACUCUUGAGACUCCCGAAGCCCUAGACUCUAGAACCCCGAGCUCAUCUUCCGUCAGCUCAGCUUCGACCUUGAAUUCGGCGACUAUCCCGUAUUCAAUAUCCCAGGUGCUGAAUUCAGUACUUGCUAACAGCCCUCUUCAACCUCGUGCACAGACACGAAGGAUGUCGCUACGCCCCAGAUUCCCAGUCGAAAAGAGGGUAACGUUUCGCACACCUCUGGUGGAAGAGAUCGUGAACACAAAGUAUACUCUAGCGCAUAUAGACUUUGUUGCCCUGGGAGACACCGACUCUGGCACUACAAUGUCGCUCUGUGGGAACGAGUCCCCACAGAGCUCCAGCUCGGGCUCUUCCCACUUCGCUGAAUCAUAUCCGGAGUCCACGCUAUCACUUGAACAACCGACCGACGACAUAACCUCUCCUUUGGCUUUGAAGACCAGUGCAUCAUUCCACCAAGAGUUUCCCAUACGGUCGCGUAGUUCACCUCAUAGGAUCAAAACACGUCGGUCGUCUCCCCGAACUGGAGACAAGCGAGACUCCUCCUCAGAAUCGGAUAGCGACAGUUGCCCAGAGACGCCUGUGGCAGGUCGAAGAAAGAGAAGACGAGAGUGGGUCUGGACGCUGGGGGAUCUGCCAGGGCAACCGGCGAGCAGCGGUCCAUCUUACGAGGACGAUGACGACGACAACGCGAAAACUACUGACGCUGUUUCUUCCUUCAGCUCCACAUCAUCCACGGCGAACGAAUGAUCAGUUGAUCUGCUUCACGUUCGUUCAUACAAGUUAUUAAUGUCUCAUUUUACCGUACAAUUCACCGCAUGAAACAAAAGGCGGCGUUCUUUGGCAAAAGGUACUGUUGCAUACUAUCCAUCGGCAAACAAUGAUGGAUCAAGGCGUUUGACGGGUAUUUUUGAGAUGUGAUACCCAAUAUUUAAACUGCUAAUGUUCUAGCCAUGGUCUGAUAUGUAGAUAACAUCGCCAUGGCGCAUAAUACAAAAGUAACUGCGUGCUCGUUCAUGUACGCUA